CUUCCCUCUUCUCUAGCAGUUAUAAACAAGCCCCAGGAGGAGAAAACCCAGGAAGGAGUCAGCUGGGCCCAGCAAAUAGCUUCAACCCCUACUCCUUCUUUGCUUUAUCUGCUUCUUUUUCCUAAGCUCCCAAAUUGAUACAAUGAUGACUAUUUGGAGACCAGGGGCGAUGUCAGCUGCUCAGCUACUGGCUCUGCUGGCCUGCCUAGGGGCUCUGGUGGAGAGCUACCCCAUCAAACCCAAGCCCCCAGGUCCAAAGGCCACCCCGGAGGAGAUAAAUCGCUACUAUGACUCACUUCGGAACUAUCUCAAUUUAAUCACCAGGCAGCGGUAUGGGAAGAGGGAUAGCAUGAAAGCAGAAGCUCAGCUAGCUGAGAGGCUCCGGACAGCAGAGGAAACCAGAACAGCAAGUCUGGAUGAGAAGAACUUUAUGUUUGAUGAUGGUUCCAAGUUUUGAUGGAUCUCAUUUGCUUACCAGAGAAGGUCCCACCUGGCCAGGAUUCCCUGCUCCAAUGAACCUGAUCCUCCCACUCUUGGGGGAGCACCCGAGGGCUUCUAGUUGAGUGAGCUCUAAGUCCUCCAUUUUUGCAUCUGCAGGAGGGCUAUCAGUGACUGUUUCCUGGUUCUUAAUAAAAAGCAAGUUUCAUGGAAA